AUGUUGACACUCGAGCCAGAGGAUUGCUGCGAGCAUCAGGUUGAUUUGGUGAUUUCUGAUGCCCAAUAUCUACCUUUGAGGAAAGCCGAUCAACCGGGACCGGAUCCAGCCUUGGCAAAGUCUCAAAGCGUGAAUCCUGCUUUAGGUAUUUGGGCCUUACUUUUCCAGCAGCUUCGGCUUGGCCUUUGCAAUUUGAGAAAUGGUGGAGUGAUGAUGUUUCGGUUGAACUGCAAAGAUGGAAAUGUCGACUGGUAUUUUGACUCUGUUUGUCAAGUCUUGGCGAUGGUCGACCGCGUCUUCGAGUCGAUGGUGCUUUUCAAGUCGGGCAAGUCUCAUCAAAGCGAUGGAACUGCCUACAUCAUUUGUCGAGGUUUUUGCCGGUGUGAAUUUGAAGCCAUGCAAGGGUCUGAGAUCCUGCGGAAAUCAAUCAUGGUCUCCAGAUACGAGCUUGAGGUGGCUGCACUGGGGACUUCGCCAAUGUUUCGUCGGAUCACAGCAAGUAGAGAAGUGCGCGCAAGAACCCGGGAGCUUUUCUCCUUGGUGGAUGAUGCCAUUGCCAGAUACAAAGACCAAGCAAGCUUCAGCUAUGCCUCCACUGUCAAGGAAUGGCGCUGUGCAAGAUCAGUUCCAUCACUUCGACGCAAAGUUCGGAGCACCAUGGGGUCGGUGAUGCCCAUGGUCGCCAGCAGGCUUGCAGUGAAGCAACUAGAGGAUGCAGCUCAAGAUAUGGAGGACUUGAGCAAAACCUUUGGUGUCCAGGCUUGA